GGCCGAGACUGGUGUUUGCUUUAACUGCGGAGGGAGGGAUAGAGUGGAAGAGGAAACAUCUCUCAAAAUUAAAAGAAAAGUCGGGGUGGGGGAGAUUUUCAUGUGUCUAUGCUUUUAUUUCGUACGAGGAAAAAGCAGGAAUGCUAUAAUUCUGCGCAGGCAAAAGCUGUGCGUUGGGGAAAGGAAAAAAUGCCAGUGAUCCCUGCGCCCAGGAAGUUCCUGGCUUUUAAAAGUUUCUUUAAUAGCUUUGUUUCAACUCCUGCACCCAACCAGCACAGAAGGGCGUCCUUUGCUGCCUUAUAAAGGAAGCUGCGUCUCCAUCCUCUCCAUCGGCUGCUCCCGGCCCCGCGAAGCCUCUGUUGCUUCUCCCGGUUCCCCUCCUCCCCAGCCCGGACAUCAUUUCAUCUAUAUAAGGCAGAAUCCUCGCUUGCCGUCCUCUUCCCUCCGUCCCCAGCCCCGCGUCCCCCGGCUGGGCUGCUGCCACCCGCACAGCUCGGCAUUCUUUCGCCUUGUAUGGCCAAAUCCUUUGGGGUGGGAGGGAACCGUUUGGGGAAAGUCUCGGCUCCAUUGGCCGCCUCGUCCGCCCGAUCCCGCUCUUUCCAGACCAGGGCGAUUGAAAACAACACAGCUAGAAGUCGCAUCUUCUCUGCGGGGAUCGCGGGGGGAAGCGCUUUUCUCUGCCGGCUUGGGACAAGUUUCUGUGUGACAGGUAAGCGCCCUUCCUUGGAUUCCCCUUUGUUCCGUGAGGACGGGGCUGGUGGGUGGUCAAGACCAGGGUAGGGACGAGAAUGCGGGAUAACUUGCUGCAUAUGACCCAGGCACUCAUUAAUCCGAAGUAACUAGUCCCUGUUGUCUUUGCUGCGGCAAAAGUAACUAGUCCCUGUUGUUUUUCGCUGUAAGAAACUAGCUGGCCUCUCCUGGAAAUUUACUGCUUACUGGUUUCAAGACGCAUGAGGUGUAUUAGGAAUGGUGACUCUAGGAAAGGAAGGUUUCUGGUUAUUUAUUUCAGCCUUCCCCAAGCUGGUGCCCCCCUGGAGAUGUUUUGAACUACAACUCCCAGCAGCCCCGUUGCCGUACUUCCAUGGGAGUUGUGGCCCAGUGCAUCAGCAGUGCUCCAGACUGAGGAAGUUCGAUUUCCUUAUUGUUCAAGGCAGCAUACACAGUCCUCGCCCUCCAUUACACCACUGCAACAAUCCAGUCAGUUAGGUUAAGCUGGAAAAGAGAGAGGAGAUGGGAGGAGAAACUGGUCCUGAGCCACACAGUGAGCAUCAUGGCUGAGCGGGGAUUUGAUCUUGAGUUUCCGCAGCGUAGGUUCAACACUUUAACCACUGCACCUCACUGUCUCUUAGUGGUGGGGUGGGAUCCACUUUUGCCACUCCUUAAGCACCUUGCCUUGAGCAUAGCAGCGUUGUCCCCCAAUCCAGAGCCCUCCUGAUGUUUCGGACUACAAUUCUUUCAACUCCAAACAACUAGAAGUCUGGGAAGACUGUUGAAGUUUACCCAAGAAGAGCACAAGCUGUGGGAUGUGAUGUGACCAUCUCUUGAUUUUUUGAAAGGUUUCCCUAACUUCCAGCAUACCCUCCACCCUGGACAGGAGAGCAGGGUAAUGUCUUGUAGUCCAUCUGUUCACCUUCUCAAUACAAGAAAUCCAGAGUUAUAGCAUACCCAAAACAUAGCUCCCCAUCCUCUGCAAGCGACAGCCCUGUACCCCAACAAGGAAAAAUGUGUUUCAGAGAAAUAAAUGCCAACUGAUACAGGAACAAGUGAGGGUCAAGCUCACUGGGGUUGCACAGCGACCCAUUUGCUCGUCUCCAGAAUCUGUCAUCCAGCCCAGCAGCAGGAGGCCUCACAGGUCAGUGACAGAGCAACUGCUUGGUCUGCAGAAGGUUUCAGGUUCAGUUCCCAGCAGCUCCAGUGCAGGGCUGGGAAUGCCAAUCAGUGUAGCUCUGCUGCAAGUCAGCAGUCAGUACAGUCCUCAGGUACACCCCUGGAAGACCUUGUCACUAGUCCUCCCCUAAGUGUAGAAUCCUGGCUGGCUGUGAGGGGUGUCUGCUUACUCAUGCACUCUGCACAUGCUCAGAAGGGCCCUUUUUAUUACUACUUUGCAUGUUCGAAAGUCGAGAGAAACACUGAAAAGCAGUUUCAGGGCUGAUCCCAGGAAGCAACUGAGCUCUGUUGACAGUGAUCUGUGCAGUCCACACAGCUGGCUUUGUGGGUCUGGAGCAGAAAUGAAAUGGCUCUCUUCUGGCCUCUGCCCCAUCCUCCCAUUGCAGGCCAAACGAAAAGCAAGGAAAGACAUUGAUCUGAAGAAUUAUGACACACCACUGCCAUACUAUGAGGUUUUCUCUGUCCAUCAUCAGAGGGGAAGGGCCAUAGCUCAGUGGCAGAACAUCUGCUCUGCAUGCACAAGGUUCCAUGUUCAAUCCCUGGCAUCUCCAGGUAGGGGUGGGAGAGACUCCUGCCUUGCUGGGGGUUGGGCUCAAUGACCCUUGGGGUCUUGUCAAACUCUAUGAUUCUAUGACUCCUUGUCUGAAACCCUGCAGGCUUGCUGCGAGUCAGUAUUGAGCUAGACGGACCAAUGGUAUGACUCAGAAUAAGGCACUUCCUAUCUGGGCAGGUAAGAACACGGGUGGCUCUGUGGGUUAAACCACAGAGCCUAGGGCUUGCCGAUCAGAAGAUCAGCGGUUCGAAUCCCCGCGAUGGGGUGAGCUCCCGUUGCUCGGUCCCUGCUCCUGCCAACCUAGCAGUUCGAAAGCACGUCAAAGUGCAAGUAGAUAAAUAGGUACCACUUCGGCGGGAAGGUAAAUGGCAUUUCCGUGUGCUGCUCUGGUUCACCAGAAGCGGCUUAGUCAUGCUGGCCACAUGACCCGGAAGCUGUAAGCCGGCUCCCUCAGCCAAUAAAGCAAGAUGAGCACCGUAACCCCAGAGUCGGUCACGACUGGACCUAAUGGCCAGGGGUACUUUAUCUGAGCAGGUAGCAGGGAAGGGGGCAUUUACUGAAUGAAUGCGUACAGCAAACAUGGGAUGUUACCAAUAAUAAUAAUAAUAAUAAUAAUAAUAAUAAUAGCCUGGUGUGCAAUGGGAUACCCAGGGGGUGGGGAUGAAUUGUCCUAACUCCACAGAAGCAGGUUUUUAAACAAUUUCCAAUUAAACUUUUUAUUGCAUUAGCCAUAGGCCAUGGCAUCAUUCAGAAGGAGAAAGAAAAAAGAACAAUAACCAUAAAAAUAAUCGGGCACAGACAUACAAUAAAACCACGGUCACGGCUACUAAAAUUAUUUGUUGCAUUAAAUAGAAUAGAAUAGCAGAAGAUUCUCAGGUAAGAUGUGCCAAAUUAAAUAUCUGAAAACCCUUUGCAGUUGACCGCAGUGGCGUAGCGUGGGGGGUGCGGGGGGGGGGCCCGGCCGCACCGGGCGCAACAGCUGGGGGUUAGGGUUAGGGGGCGCAAAUCCAUGGGUUAGGGGGCGCAAAUCCACGGGUUAGGGGGUGCAAAUUACUUGCCUUGCCCCGGGUGCUGACAACUCACACUAUGCCACUGGUUGACCGCUAUUUUGUCUAGUUCCUUCCUCCUGAUCUGCUUAGCUGCCAGCGCAUCGAGUGCUACUUUAUAAGUAACAAAGUCGCCGGUGUCGCUCAGCAGCCAUUUCACCCUUUCCACCCUAUUCAAAUGUGUUCCAUUCAUAAACAAGGGUUUUAUAAAUUGGUCUCUUGGGUCUAUAUAUAACAGGCGCUGCAAUAAAGAAUGGCACAGGUCCUCGACACAGGGUUGUCCACACAGACAGAGUCUCUCUUCGUAAUGUACUUUGCCGUACAGUAUAUCUGGAGAGAUGGUGUGGUGAACAGCAUGUCUGAUGGAGGUUCAACGCUCUAGGACACGGGAGGGCAGCUCACAGCCCAAAGGCUAUAUGCAGCCCAUGCAGACCUCUCUGCUGCCCACCACAAGUUCACUAUCCCUCCCCUGUCACCCCCAAAAUAGGAAUGUGGGAAACUGCCUUUUGCUAAGUGACACCAUUGGUUGAUUCAGCCCAGUGAUGUGUACACUGGCCACAGGUCUCUGGGAUUUCAGACAGGGCUCUCUCGCAGCCUGGAGAUGCUGGCAAUUGAAGCUGGGACUGCCUGCAUGCAGAAAAUGUGCUCUGCCACGGAGUGAAGUGUACAGAUGGGUCAAGGGAAGGGAAGGGAAAGGAAAGGAAAGGAAAGGAAGGGAAGAGAGUGGCCGCAGCAGCUGAAUGGCCAAUUCAGUGCCAUUUUGAGUUUGCAACCUCACAUGGUGCUCUUGACCUGCUAGUGUGGGUAUACCAAAAUCCUGCUGCAAAAUAAUAUUCUUUGGCCUUAAUUCAGCUCACAGUGGAUUUAUUUUUGUCUCAGCUGCAAAAGCAACAGGUCAAAUUCCUAACAUCCCAGGCCUAUGACUUCAGUCCAACAAAGGCAGAACAAAACAGUGGCUUGCAACACCACUGCAAAAUCAGCAUCUAACCUGGGGGGGCGGGGAGAGCCCAGUACACUGAUACCGUCAGGGCCAUGCAAGUUCUUUUGGGUGCCAGCACAGGACAUUUUACUCCCUGAAGCCAAGUCCUAAUGGGGCCGCCUGCCCUGCUGCAAUCACUAUUCUUUUUUUUAAAGAAUAAAGCAUUGAUGCACUAUUCAGGCACCAAUUCCUGCCUUCAUGUAUCCCUCCUCCACCUCUGCUAUUGUCUGUAAAUUCACCCUACUGCAUGCCAAGGCUGGUCCAGGUCUUCUCGAUUGGUAAAAGCAAAUGAGCACUCUCAGUAGCAUAGGAAGGGAGGUGCGAUGGGUGCGGACCACCCCGGGUGUCAUCACUGAGGGGGAUGACAAAAUGGCGUAAAUAUGUGUUUUUGAAAAAAUAACUCCCGCAACCACCACACGCCCCUUCCCACACCACUGCAGGAGCACUCUCCCCUCGAGUGAUUUCCAGAAACCAGAAGCAUGGGUGCCUCCAACUUUGAAGGCAGAGCAGAGCCUUUAUGGCUAGUCGCCUUCGACAGCCCUCUCCUCCAUGCAUCUGCCUAAUUCAGAGGUGUAGCUAGGUGAGGUGGGGGGCACUGGGUGUCACACCGCAGGGCCUGCAGCAUGCCUGAGCCACACGUCUCUCCUGAUUGGGGAGGCGGCGGGUGGACUGCCUGCAAGCUCUACGCUGCUUUUUCAAGCAGCUCGGGGCUUGCGUCUGCCCACCACCUCAGCCGCCCUACAGCUGAGGGGGAGGCUGCAGAGAGGCUCCACGCAGCGCGCCCUGCCCUGGCUCACUCCGCCCCCGUGGGCAGUUUGUGCUGCCCCCAGCUGCAGGGCACGCACGCUGCCCCAGGCACCCGAGCGGCUAGCUAUGCCGCUGCUCUCAUGCAGCCAGUUUUUUUUAUCAGGGAGAUGUAUCAUUUGUAUUCUCCAUUUGACAGAUGAAAAUACUUGUCCUGUAGCCAGGAGCAGGUCAUUUAGAAUAGAUCAAGCUGAGAUGAGAUACCUGUUUAUAUGGAGUAUUGACGAAAGGUAUUAUUUUAUUUUUUGGAAACAUCUUACUUUAUUUUGAACGUUACGCACACAAAGUAUUGAGAGAUAGUGGAGACCUGAUUAGAAUCUCAUCUUUAGCACAAACUCGUUUUGAUCCAAGGAUAGAUAGGGGAACAUGCAGGCCUCUGGAUAUGGUUGGACAAUAGCUCCCAUUGGCCCCAGCCUGCUGGUUGGGAUCUGUGUCACCUGUGACUCAGUAGGAAAUAUCCAGGGAUGCUGGAGAGCUGGAGACAAAUCAAGGUAGUGAUACAAAAACAAAAUGUGUUUCUGGGUGCUUCCCAGACAGAAGCUUAAUAUAGUACAGUGGUACCUCGGGUUACAUACGCUUCAGGUUACAUACGCUUCAGGUUACAGACUCCGCUAACCCAGAAAUAUUACCUCAGGUUAAGAACUUUGCUUGAGGAUGAGAACAGAAAUUGUGCUCCAGCAGAGAGCCAGUGUGGUGUAGUGGUUAAGAGCGGUAGUCUCGUAAUCUGGGGAACCGGGUUCGCGUCUCCGCUCCUCCACCUGCAGCUGCUGGGUGACCUUGGGCCAGUCACACUUCUCUGAAGUCUCUCAGCCCCACUCACCUCACAGAGUGUUUGUUGUGGGGGAGGAAGGGAAAGGAGAUUGUUAGCCGCUUUGAGACUCCUUAAAGGGAGUGAAAGGUGGGAUAUCAAAUCCAAACUCUUCUCUUCUUCUUCAGCAGGAGGCCCCAUUAGGUAAAGUGGUGCUUCAGGUUAAGAACAGUUUCAGGUUAAGAACGGACCUCCCGAACGAAUUAAGUACUUAACCCAAGGUACCACUGUACUGUAAAAGAACCAUUCAGAUGUUGCAAACUGGUUGUUGGCUACUUAAAUGGAUUUUUCCUGGAAUGGGUGAAAUCCAGAUUAAAAGUGUGAGGGAAGAAUAUGGGGUGGCAUUUUGAUGCUGCAAUUAUUUUUUUUAAAAAUUCCAUGCCUGAGGGGGACCACCAACCCCACAACUGACACCCAAUCUGGCUGCACCCUGAGUUCCCUCUGUGACUGAUGGGAGAAAGAUGUCUGCGCAAGAUCCCAGAUGCGCUCUGAACAGCUGCCACCACGGCACCUGUUUGUGCCUAUGGAACCUCUGCCUGAGUGUGUUUCUGAAGGAGGAACCUGCUUCUCAAGAGGGACUACAGUAAUGCAGGUCCCCCAAACACAGCCCCUAAGGAAUGCAGGAAGGGUUCGCAUCGCUUAUUGGCUCUUGGCUUCUGCUCCCUGCAAGUUCCUCUGUGAUAACGGCUAAUGGAAAGGAGGCAGCUGGUGACAAAUGUAAUGUUGGGUAAAGUCCCACUCCAGGCAGGAGGACAAAAAGGCUUUUAUCCUCUUUGUAGUGGGAGGUGUAUCAAAGCCUUGAACUAAUCAUCUUGCCCCCCUUGUCUUCCUGGGGCUGGCAGAAAAGAGCUCCUCUCCUAGCCUGCACUAACAAGCUAGCCUUUGAGCUCGGCAAUCAUUGUCUGGGGGCAGGGCUGCUCUCCCUCUCUCCCUUCAUCUACCCUUCUCGGGAUUGCUAAACAACAACUCACUCACUCCCAGCGUAACUGCUGGGCAUGCUCUUAUCACCUACCUAAAUGCGUGCUGCUGUUGUUUUAUAAAAAAAAUUAAUUCGCUGGAGUUAGAGAAGAACAAGGAGCUGGGCAUUUUUAGUCCUUGAAUGUGUGUACCUCUUUAGCAGGUACACACACACACACAGAGAGAGAGAGAGAGAGAGAGAGAGAGAGAGAGUUUCCCACAAAGGACUGCAUUGCAUAGAAAGGAGCAUCAGGCCUGUACUAAGACUCUGACCAAGCAUUGCUUUCCACCAGAAAGGGAUUUACACACACACACACACACACACACACACACACACACACCCUAAGCUUCUCUGGCAGCAUGGAACUGGACAUAAGCAGACCUGAAUUUAGUUUGCCAUGGCAGUUUCUGGAGAGGGAAGGAAAUUGUUGUGUCAUGUCUUCCAGACACUGACUUCCAGACACUAAGCUUGAGAGCAGGGCUGGCCCUACCAUUAGGCAGAGUGAGGCAGCUGCCUCAGCCAGCAAAUGCUUGGGGAAGGAGGCAGUAGUCUCCUGGCUGUUUCUCCUGAACCCCCUGGCCUGCACCCACUGCCCUUAACUGGCUUCCUGCCAGUACUUAUAUAAGAUGCUGGUCCAGUCUGCAUGUGGACUGGGGGUGCCAUCUUGCCCUUCAAGCAGCAAAAUGAACCAGUCCUGCUUGAGAAUUAUAGAAUUGCAGAGUUGGAAGGGAUCACGAGGAUUAUCUAGUCCAACCCCCUGCAAUGCAGGAAUCGUUUGCCCAAUGUGGGACGUGAACCCACAACCCUGGGAUUAAGAGGCUCAUGCUCUACCAGUUGAGCUAUCCCAGGAAUGGAUUAAGCUGGUCCAAGCCCUGAGUGGAGAAAGGCUGCAGCUAGUGGCAGAGCACAUCCUUUGCACACAGAAGGUUCAAUCCCUGUAGCUUCAGCUAAGGUUAGGAAUGUUACCUGCCUGAAACCAUGGAUAGCCAUUGCAAGUCAGUGUGGACAAUACUGAGUUAAAUGUUGCCAGUGGUCUGCCUUGGUAAGUGGUCUGCCUAUGUUCCUGUGAGGUCUAAAGUGUGUGUGUGUGUGUGUGUGUGUGUGUGUGUGUGAAACAUGGGCAUACGUACAUAUAUACAAUACAGAUAUAGGUAUUUUAAAAUUCCUGCCCUUUCUUCUUCUGAUGAACUGGGAGGGAGCCUCUAAUCCUUAUUAACAAGCUCUAGCUGCAGGAAAGAGCGCAGAUCCACAUGCCACACUCUGCCUGGCUAGACAGAGCGGGUGGGGAAUGGAAUGCUAAGAAUCUGCUGGGAACAGAUAAUUUCCUGCUUAUUCCGGAAUAAGCCCAGCGCCUGCAUCUUACUUGCAAGCCUGUCCUUAUGAAAAGAGAAUCAAAGAAAGACAAUUUAGCUAAGGGUUGGUCCUUUAGAGGGAAGAAUCUCUUGGUGGAAAUUGCCCCAAGUUUCUGAAGGUAUUGCUUCUGUCUCCCUAAGAAAUCAGACACCAGGGGUGUAAUGCUCUACAUAUCUGCUUAGAAGUAAGUCCCACUGAGUUCAAUGGGACUUAUAAUCCCAGGUAAAUGUGUAUACUAGGACUGGAACCUAAAUGAGUAGCAGGUAGCAUUGCCAUUUCUCUCUCCCUUGUCCGCCUCCCCCCCCAAAAAAAUAUGGGUUUGUGUAUCUUUAACAGCUGAUUAUCAGGCAGAUACUGAACAGCAAAGGCUUUCACUAUCCCCUAUAGCUGCAUAUGUUGAAUUUCCUGGGUGACUCUCAGGCAUUAGGCUAGAUGGGAACAAUGUAUAUGCAUGCACAAGGUAGCUCUCCCCACUCUAGCAAUGGCCAGUUCUGGUGCAGUGAGCCAUCUGAAGAAUGGGAAGUGGUCUUCCUCGCAGGUUUGUUGCAAGGCUAGACACAGUUUACGCUGGUGAUUGCAAUGGGCCACCGUUUGUGUGCAGGCAUGCUUUUUCUGUUGCUUUCAAAUGUCUCAAAUGUGUCAUCAUGAUGCAAACCUCCCCACCCCACCAAAGGCAGCCCUGUUAAGGGAAGUUUUUUUGUUUGAUGCUGUGUUGUGUUUUUAAUAUUUGUUUGGGAGCAGCCCAGAGUGGCUGGGGAAACUCAGCCAGGUGGGCGGGGUAUAAAUAAAUAAAUAAAUAAUUAUUGCAGAAACUCAGAGAUGGAUUCCCAGCUUGCCUUGGAUGGUAUCCGCAAUACAAAUAUUUGAAUAGUUUACUAAAACUCUUCAAGAUGCCAUUUAAAGAUGGUUGUUUUAGCCAGGAGAUUCAGAAUGCAGCAUUUGCUGAAGGGGGAGGGGGAAGUAUUGUGGCAUCAGAUCUUAAAUCCUUCAGAUAACAUCUCCAAAAUGUGAAAUGAUUAAACAUUAGGGCAACCAGAUGGAAAGGAGGAAAGGGCUUCUAUCAUCAAUACAGAAGGAGUGGUGUAUUGGAACAGGGAUGAAGCACCCUCACUUAUUACACAGUCAGGACAAUGGUGGCAUCUCUUGGGGCUAAACUGCCUUAGUCCAGUAUAUCUGAAGGAGCGUCUCCACCCCCAUCGUUCUACCCGGACACUGAGGUCCAGUGUCGAGCGCCUUCUGGCGGUUCCCUCGCUGCACGAAGCCAAGUUACAGGGAACCAGGCAGAGGGCCUUUUCGGUAGUGGCACCCUCCCUGUGGAACACCCUCCCACCAGAAAAACAACUACCAGACUUUUAGAAGACAUCUGAAGGCAGCCUUGUUUACGGAAGCUUUUAAUGUUUAAUAGAUUAUUGUAUUUUAAUAGUCUGUUGGAAGCCGCCCAGAGUGGCUGGGGAAACCCAGCCAGAUGGGUGGAGUAUAAAGAAUAAAUUCUUAUUCUUAUUCUUAUUCUUAUUCUUAUUCUUAUUCUCCUCUGCAUGCCAAGAAAUUUGAGUGUUUUUCCCCCAGAGAGAAACCCACCAGAAAAGUCAAGCAGAGGAAGAGACAGGUGCCAUUAAUAUGCAUGGCUAAGGUUUUGAUGGGCACUUUGGGGAUAAUGUUAUUGAGUGCACACAAUAAAUAACUGGAUGUACAAAUGAAGCCACUGACAAUUCUUCAUGGAUUUUUUUUUAAGAUGCAAGACCAGAACAUCAGAAUUUAGUCAGGGGUUUGUUAACUGCUGCUAAAAUAUGAAUUGCUGCUAAACGUGUGCUCCAAUAAUUCCAAUGAAGUGAAAAUGGUUUAUUAAAAUAAUGAAAUUAAUGUUUAAAGGAAAGUAGGCACAAAAGUGAGUGAUUUGAGAAUUGGCAAUCUACCUUAUUUAGUACAUGAAACAUGUUAGAAUUAGUCAGAACGUGUUAGAAUUAUUGAAAGCCUUUUCACUGCUAUCAAAAGUAAUUAUCUGAUUACUUACUUAAAAGAUAGAAAUGAUAUAAUAUUUCUAAAAUGAGGUAAUAGUAUUUUAAAGAACAUAUUAUCUAUAUUUGUGCUAUAUAAUAGUGAAGAUACAAAUUUAAUGUAGGAUGAUCUGGUAGUAAAUUAGCGAACAUUCAACCAUAAUUUGUAUUAUGUCAUCCAUCGUCUGUAAACUUUGUAUAUUUAAAAAGGCUAGAAGAAGAAGUAUUAUAAGCAAACAGUCUGUUUUGUUUUUCCUAGUCCCCCUCCAAAAACUCCACCAAGAUGUCGAGCAAACGGGCCAAGGCAAAGACUACCAAGAAGCGCCCUCAGCGUGCGACUUCCAAUGUCUUCGCCAUGUUUGACCAGUCGCAGAUCCAGGAGUUCAAGGAGGCUUUCAAUAUGAUUGACCAAAACCGUGACGGAUUCAUAGACAAGGAAGAUCUGCAUGACAUGCUGGCAUCUCUCGGUAACAAAGCAGCAUUGAGUCAAAUGCAAUUUCAUUGUGAGCUGGCGUGGCUCUGGGGCUAUGAGUGUGAGCUGUGAACCAGAAAGCCCUCGCUUUCAAUCUCACCUCGGUCAAGAACUUAGUAGAUAGUCUUAAGGCAGGGAUGGGGAACCUCUGUCUCUCCAGAGGUUGCUGCACUACAGCUCCCAUGAUUCCCAACCAUUGACCAGGCUGGUUAAAUAGUUAGUUAGUUUGCUUGUUUUAUUAAGCCUACAUUUAAAUUGAAUUGAAUUGGGGGAAGUGGUUUUACUGUUGCUGUUGCUAAAACAACCGGGUGUCAGAAACCUUUGCCAAGCCACUGCAAAGCAGCCAGACAUCUACCAAAGAUCUUCAUCUGCCUUCUGGCCAUCUCAGCUCAAAGCAACUAGAGAUGCUGGGUCCUCAUCUUGUAAUGAUGGUGCCAAUACCUUUACAUUAGCAAUGAGGAUCCCGUGGCUCCUUCUUUAAUCACAUGUUGCCCUAGAGGCACCUUAGACCCAUUCUUGCUCUCUGGAUCACAGUAGAAGAAGGUCCAUUGGGGUGAGUCAGGCACUUUCCUACCAACUCCAUUCUGCCCCCAGAUAGCCUGCACUUGCUUGCCUUCUUACUUUCAUCCAUUCCAGGCACUGCCUGUCAUUUUAUGUGCCCUUGUGGAACGUAACACAGAGACGGAUUUAGCGCAGCGUAACCAGUUCUACUCCACUGGGCGCUGAGCCUAGGAGGAGCCACAGGGCGUCAUGACUAUGACUGAAAUAUACUCGGAGUCGAGUGUGGAUUUCAUGCUCUUUAUUAAGCUCAUAGUAGUGAGGAAUGAAAGUUCCCCCACAAUAUCUGCUUUAUAUACAUUAUUUACACAAUGGGCCACACGUGAUUGGCUAAUUCCAGGAUUCUCCUGUAGAUCAAUCAGGUUGCGGAUUCACUUCCACCUGGAGCUGGAUUGGGUGGCUCCGGCGGACCAGUCAUACUGCUGCAUUGUUCUAGGACCAAUCAGACUGCUGCAUUCUGAAUCCUAUUGUUCUAGGACCAAUCAGACUGCUGCAUUUUGGAUACUAUUCAACUCAGUACGUAACACUGACAUAGUGAAAUGAGCAGAAUGGAAGGUGAGAGACGGGGGCACGCACCAAAUUUGGGGCUCGCACAGGGUGUAGCUGAAAUUCGAAAGACCAAAGUCUGCCCCUGAUUAACAGGGCAGAGGAUGGGGACAAAACUAGAAGUACUUGGCUCUGUUGGUUAUUGGCUGUGGCUCCACCUACUGCCUUUCACCAAUGGCCAGCACUGAUAGACAAUCCCUCUGGGAAUUGCUUCACCACCACCUCCAUUGUGUGUGGGAGAGAGGGAGAGUAAGAGAGAGAGAAGGAGCCAUGGCUGUUACACAGUGAAUCAGGAGGUAGGGUGGGAGUUUUGCAGCAGAGGCAGAUUUAGGGCAGCGUGACCGGUUCACCCACACUGGGCACUGGGCUGAGGGGGGUGCUGCAGGGCAUUGCAACUGUGACGUAAUGCACACACAGAAAGGAAGGUGAGACGUUAGGGGGGGCACCAAAUUUUGGCCUCACACAGGGUGCUGCUGAAAUUUGAAAUAUCAAAGAACACCCCUGCUUGCAAUAAGCCAUGGAAUAUGAGGGGAUGUUGGAUUAUUCAGCAUCGACAAAAGAAAGUUCUUCGCACGUAGUUAAACUAUGAAAUCUGAUCCCACAAGAAGCAGUGAUCCACAUCUUGAAACAACAUGGGAUGGGAGAACUUGGUGUUCAUUUUAACAAGCCGAAAGAAGUCUGAUGGCCAGGCCUAGCUUCUUACUCCCAGAAACUCCCCCUGCCCCAGAAACCCAGGUCAGUUGCUAAAUCAGGCAGGGCAGGGCUGACCUCAAAUGUCACUCGGAAGCCUGAAGCCCUUGACCAACUCUGCAAAGCAAAAACUUGCUCAAAUGGCCAAGGGUGAGAGAUGAUGGGAGCUGCAGCCUAGCAACAUUUGGGGAACCACAGGACCCUCAUCCCUCUUGCUCAAGGCUUCAGACAGUUCUGGGUAACUGUUGGGCUUCGUGUUUUGCAAAAUAGGGGUCAGCCAUUGCUUCUUCGUCCCAGAAUCCUAGGUGCAACCUGAGGCCACCAGCAUUUAGCAGACACUAAUCCAAUCCAAUCCAUAUUCAAAUUAAGGUUGUAAGCACACCAUCCAUUUAAAGCACAUUUAAAAUAUAUGACUUUUCCUCAAAGAAUCAUGGGAACAAUAGUUUGCUAAAGCUGCUGGAAACUGUUGCUGUAUGAGGCUUAAACUGUCUUUUUGUCGGGUGGGGAUGUGCUUUAAAUGUAUAGUAUGUACACAGCCUGAGUCUAGUUGCGAUCCUAUGGGUGCCAUGUUGUUUAUUCAUUUUGUUCUCCUCUUUAACCCCUGCUUUGCAUAACCCAGCCUGUGAAAGAAUUAGGAAGAACUCAAAAUUAUGGUCACUAUUUUGUGACUUUCUGGUUGGUCCUAAAGAAGGGAUUGUCCAAAUUGUGGAUUUUGGGACAAACAAGAACAGAUUCAGCUUCUGGCAGACAGGCUUGUAGUCACCCCAGGCAGACUCAGUCUCAGUGUGGUGAGUUGUGGGAUGAAAGGGUCCUCUAUGAAUAUCCAGAUCACAAAGGCCAGCCUGCAUUCUGGACACUCACUGAACCGUUGUCAAGCCCAUUUCAAGGCCAGUAAAUUCAUCCUGAGUAGAGAGGUUGUGGAGACUAUAAAUCAAGGAAAUGAAAUGGUUGAGAGAACACCUGAAUGCAUGGAGAGGAAUCAGGAAGUAGUCGUUUUUAAAAGCAUUGUAUUUGUACAGAUGACCACUAGAGGGCACUUAGGUAGAUGAAAGUACAUCUUGGUUUAAUGUAGAGACUGAUGAGCAAUUCAGGAGUACUAAGUCAUCCUGACUUGGCAGUAUUUCCCUCCUCCCAGGGUAUUUUUCCCUUUUCAGACAGCCGUUCCUGAUUUGCUACCUUGCAUUUUGACUCAUCGUGUUUGUCUCCUAACUAACCCAUAACCCCAGGACCUGGUUUUAUAGGCCAUUUCCAGGGAAGCUCCUAGGAAACUUGUCUUCUUCGUGAGCAAAGGGCCCUUUCACCUUUGAGGAUAAGGUCACAGGGGCGUUUUAUUGCUCUGGUUUAGUUAGGCUACUAAGAAAUGUUUAUAUUCAGGUUUCUGUUACGAAUCCCUUGCAGAGAAGGAGCAAACUUCCCACUGCUAGGAUACAGCCAAGGCAGCUGACCUGGACUGAGCAUACUGUUAACACUUUUGGUCACUUCCCAUCAUUAGGAUUCCUUCUAUCAUCCACAUCUUGUAAAUGAGUACAAACUGAGGUUGCAAUCCUAUGAUUUAGAUUUAGAUUUAGAUUUAGAUAAAUUUAUUGUCAUUGUCCGUAUAUACACAGUAUACACAACAACGAAAAUCAAACACCCACUCGAAGACCGGGUUCACAUACACAUUUGCACGUAUCUCCAACACUCUCAUCCUAUUCAGACAUAAUCUAUAAAAACAUAUCAUACUCCAGAAUGUAACAUAACCUAUUAAAAGCAUAACAUAACCUAAAAACCUGUCUCAUUCCUUCCUACUCCCUGCUUGCUAGUCCUUGCAACUGGCCCUGAGAUCAUUAUUUAGUGCAAUCAGAGCUCUUGGAUAGAAACUAUUCAGAAGGCGUGUGGUUCGUGUUUUCAUUGUCCUAUAUCUUCUGCCCGAAGGCAACAGUUCAAAGAAGUUGUGAGCAGGAUGGGUGGGAUCUCUCAGGAUAUUGUGUGACUUCUUCAAAGUGCGAGACGUGAAGAUCUCAUCCAGGGUUGGUAGUUGGAGCCCAAUAACAUUCUGGGCAAUUUUAAUUAUUCUCUGUAAAGCUUUUUAUCCGUUUCAGAGCUGCUCCCAUACCACGCUAAUCGACUAUAUGUGAAGACACUCUCGAUGGUACUGUGAUAAUAGGACCGAAGUAGGUGCUGAGAUAGAUUCAGUCCCUGAGCAUUCUCAGGAAAUACAACCUCCCCUGCACCUUCCUCACAACCAUAUUAAUAUUUACAGUCCAUGAGAGGUCCUCAGAGAUGUAAGUGCCCAGGUAUUUAAAACUACCAACCCUCUCCACCUCCUCGCCAUUUAUGUGCAAUGGUAAAAAUACGCUUUUCUUUCUCACUUACCCACUUACUUUCUCACUUAUGCCCACUUACCUAACAGCAAGUCCCAUUGAACUCAGUGGAACAUACUUUUGAAUAGACAUGACUAGGAUUGCACUGUUAGGGCAGGGAUGAGGAACUCCAGAUUUUGUUGGACUGCAGCUCCUAUCAUCCCUGACCCCUGGGCCUCAGGGAAAUAGCAGUCCAACAACAUCUGGGUGGCAAGAGGUUCCCCAUCCCUGGUAUAAAGACAAAUGCUUACCAAAAAGCAUUGUUGUGCUACAGCCAGAACGAGAAUGAAUCUUGAAGAGACAAGUGCAAGGAUGGAGAAUUCCAAUAUAUUUACAUUCUCCUCCUCCUUGUUGUUGUUGUUGCUGCUGCUGCUGCUUUGCUAGGUGAAUCCAGUUCCAAUCCCUCAAUUUUUCUCUCCUCCGGUCACAGACAGAGAAGGCAUCUUGUGGGGCUCAAGCAGUGAGCUUGAUUUGCUCUGCUGGGCCAGGGCCUUUCAAACGUGGACUAAUCUCUCAUCUGACUUGUACCUUUCAGGGAAGAAUCCUACGGAUGAGUACCUGGAAGGCAUGAUGAGUGAGGCACCUGGGCCCAUCAACUUCACCAUGUUCCUCACCAUGUUUGGAGAGAAGCUGAAUGGAACUGAUCCGGAAGACGUCAUCCGCAAUGCUUUUGCUUGCUUUGAUGAGGAAGCCACAGGUAUGUUCCAUGCAGACCACCUCUCCAUUGCAAACUGGAUAUUCUAAGAUAGGUUGUGGCAGCAGUUAGAGCCAAACAAACAUGCUGCUGUGUGUCAGCAGAAAUCUUCACACAUAUCUGAGGCCAAGGAAGGAUACAGCUGGCUUUCCCUUCUUUCAUUCUGCCCACUUGCCUCCUCCACAAUCAGUUCAGACUCUAAGCUCCCGGAGGCUGAGAUCUGUGCCUUUGGAUUGUACUACUCGGUGAAGCACUAUGUACACUGUUGUUGCCAGCAAAAUAACAAUAGUGAUUCAAUCCUUAGUAAGUGAGGAGGUAUGCUUAUUGGAAGGGAGACUGUCAUGAGAUAGAAGCUUACUGACCUCCCUUUGCUUGGAAAUGAAUAAAAUAAAACAAACCCUAAAUAUUAGGCAGGAAAUAGCUAUGGCCUGGUGUGGAUUAUUUUAUUUCAAAUAAAAUUUGUCUGCCCAGUGGGACAUAGGCCCACAAACCCUUGAGAAACACUCAGUAGCACCCAAAGCCAAAACGUUAUUUAUCUUAGAGGGCCACCUCAGAAGUGACCUUCCACUAAUCUCACAUUUGGUUCUCCACCCCUACCCAAUCGUCUCCGCCAUUCAUACAGGUUUCAUUCAUGAAGACCACCUGCGGGAACUGCUCACCACCAUGGGUGACCGGUUCACGGACGAAGAAGUGGAUGAGAUGUAUCGAGAGGCCCCCAUUGACAAGAAAGGCAACUUCAACUAUGUGGAGUUCACCCGUAUCCUGAAGCAUGGAGCCAAAGACAAAGAUGAUUAAAACUAAGAGAUUCCGAUAUGCAGUUGCCCCUGUUUAAGUCACAUUCCCCUUACUCUUCCUCAAAGAUUCCCUGCUGCCAUGGUCAAGUGUCAGAGUGGGCUAACCCUGAAAUAUUUCAACAGAAUUAGCCCUACCUCUAAAUAAAGAAUAAGAUUUUUGCAUGUACACCCGCACCCCCACACACCCCAGUGUUGAUCCUUUAUGAAGCGACUUCUCAAUUUGGAAGUCUCAUUGAGUAAGGUACUUGUGAAAUUUGUCUUUUCAAAGGAGUCUAAUUGGAAACAUUUUUGAAGAGGAAGGUAGAAGGGACUCUGAAGAUGCAGCUACCUGUCUGGCCAUGUUCAGCACAUCUGUUUGGGCGGGGGGAACCCACCCAACACUGGAUCUAAUAUAAGUUAAGGAGGCCUGAUUAAAUUGCCCUUUGAGUCUUUACCUAGAAAACUGAUGCUUCUAUUAUUACCACUAUUUAUCAUUUAUACAGCACUUUAAACUUGCAGAGUGACUUCCCAUCUACCACCACAACUCUGUGGUGUAAGACACUGUUAUUCCCAGCUCAGGCAGACAUGUAUCCAUGUACAAUACCUACAGAGGUGAGACUUGAACCCAGCUCUUCCAGAUUCUAAAUCGAACUUUAUUAUGCUAGACCAUAUCAGCCUUCCUCGCUGGUUAUGUUGCACCCAUUCAAAACCCACUGGGAAUCAAUCCAGCCUUGGGGUUGUUGUCUAUCCUGAUUUAGAUGGCUUGGUCCGUUCUGCCCUUGUGAUACUUUGUGCACAACUAACACCUUUUCAUUUGAAGAUUGGCAGAGCACAUUCCACACACCCCACACCUGUGGAACAGAGAUUCACUUGACUUUCCCUUUGUUUUCUAUUUCAUCCCAAAUUUGUGUUGCCUAUUGGGUUGUGGCACUGGUUAAAAUUAAAAUGACUGCUUCACCAAGUCAUCCUCUCUUUGGUCUCAAAUCCAGCAUUUUGUGAUUUCUUGCCAGCUACCUGAAAAAGUUGAGCAGGAAGAGCAGAGCACAAAAAUUAAAAGCUCACCUAUCCACUCUACAUCUACCUUGAUUUUGGAAGAACUUGCUAUCGUUAGUCCCUUCCUUUAUGAAAAAGUAUAAUUUUUUGAAUAUAGCAGAAGACCAUCUAUAACCCAUCCUGGCUAACUUCCCAGUCCAUAAAAUAAGGAUGUAGCCUGUACAGUUGUUUGUUGACAAUCAGACCAAAGAUUUUGAAACUGAAGGGGGAAAAGGAAAUUGCCUAUAAAGAGUAUAAUACGAACAUGUUCUGGCUCAUUAUUUGGUUUUCUUCUCUAUUGGAUGUGUUUGAAAACAGAUGUAUUAAUUAUAUACACUUAUUAUAUCU